ACGGCGUUGCAUUUCAUAUGGCGGGAACAGAUCGCGGUGCCCAUGCACAUUCUCGGUACCUGUCCGUGGAGAGAGACGACCAACAGUCCGAAAUUGACGGUGCCGACCAGCACGGAAGUCCGCACAGUUUAAGUCAUAAUAUUGUUCUAUCGUGUGUUGAUUGCCGUUUUUACAUUAUUAUUUUUUUUUAAUUUAGAGUCAUAAAAACGUUUUUAGUUUAAGCGGUUUUACUUUUUUUAUUUAAAAUUUAUAAUUGAAAAUUUGAAACCAAUACCAAACUGUUUUAAGUCAAACCGUCGAUAUUUUUUCACAGACCAUAUAAUACAUUUAAAAAAUUUAUGCUUUUUUCUAAGUUUGAACUUUUGGAAGAAGAUCUUCUUUUCAACAAUGGCUAUUCCUGCGAGACAACCAAACGGAGAUCAAUCAAAGCGAGUGGCAACUCUUUAACGGUCAACAGUGUAGUGUCCUCGAAGAGUAUGUUACCGACGACUUGGAAACCCAAAUUCUUUUUGUUUUCUGCCAUUGUCCUAUACGUCUGCAGAUUGAACGUGGCUUCGGCGGGUAUGUGUUGGGCAACUAUGGGCAAGAAUGGACUUUGUAAGGACCUUAUAGCACAAGGGGUAUCCAAAGAAAAAUGUUGUGAGAUGGGUGGGAGUUCGGUGUCCACUUCUUGGAGUUCAUCGGACUUGGAUUCAGGUGCACUGUUUUUCUGGCGGGUAUUGAAUGAAGGUGUUCCAUGUACGCGGUGUAAAGAGUCUUGUGCGGGAGUAGAAUGUGGAUCUGGUAGAACUUGUGUUAUUCGAUCAGGUUCUCCAAAAUGUAUUUGUUCGCCUAACUGCAAGAGACAUGACGGACUAAAAAUUAAAGGACCCGUGUGCGGUACAGAUGGAAUAUCAUACAAAUCGCUGUGUCGUUUGAAAAAAAGAUCUUGUAGGACGAGAGACCAAUCUCUUGUUGUUGCUUAUCAUGGAUUAUGCCAAAAUUCGUGUGAAAAAGUUACCUGUCCCGGUGGUAAAUAUUGUCUGCAAGAUCAAAACUUGAUGCCUCACUGCGUGAAAUGUGCUUCUUAUUGUUCAACAGGUUUGUCACCAUCUAAACUUGUAUGUGGAUCUGAUGGUCACACUUAUCAAAGUGCAUGCCAUUUACGUGAAGCUGCUUGUCGGACGGGCAGAGCCAUUCCAAUAGCGUACAAAGGUCGAUGUAAAAAGUCUGCAACGUGCGCUACGGUGUCCUGUAAAAGCGGUCAAAAAUGUUUAACCGAAAACAAAACUGGACGUCCGCGCUGCGUGACUUGUAACUUGCCUUGUCCUACUGAACCAGUGUCAAAUCGGAAAGAGGUCGGGGGCGGCCCCGUAUGUGGUUCAAACGACAAGACUUAUCACUCUUGGUGUCACAUGUUUAUGGAUGCGUGUGCUACUGGUUUCGUUAUUGAAACCAAAUCCUCAGGAAAAUGCAGUCACCACCGGACUCAUCACAACACACCAUUUGUUCAUCAACAUACGGGAGAUUACGCGUUUAGUGGUAAUUGGAACUAUGUAAAUGUAUCUCAUUCGACUGACGGACUUGUCAAAAUCAAGAAAUCGUCUUAACAUUAUUCGCGUAGGGGAAUUUAAAUUAAUUAACUAUAACUCUAAACUUAUGAAGUACCUAAAUAGAUAAAUUAUUAUGUUAGAUAAAAUUUUAUUUUGGCGCUAAUUAUUGUGUAGUAAAUGUUUUGAAUUGUAGAAUAUUUAUAAUCAGUGGCGUAUCUAAAGAGCUUAAAUCGGUUAAGCAUCUUCAAAUGACAGUGAUAAAGUGAUACUUUAGAUGAAAAAUCAUUUUGGUUUUAGUUUAGCUUUAUUGAAAAAUUCCACAUAUGCCAUUGUUUAUAGAUAAUUAGUUAAAAGACCAAAAUUGCUAAUAGCUGGCAUAAUAAAUAUUUUUAUUUAGGUCAAAAUUCAGUUAAGUACAAUAAUCUAAGUAGACAAAUUUUAAUCGUUUGUUAUCAUAAAUUACCAUUAUUUGUUUUAUUAAUAUAACUAGAUAAUUAUAAUAUUCAAUUUUUUAUUUGUAUUUAUACAUUAUAAGGUUAUGUUCUCAUUUAAUUAUAUAUUUUUAUUAUAUUUUCAUUAAUAGUCAAUUAAAUCCUGAGGAGCGCUGAGAUCCUGAAAUCACAGAUGAAUUAAUUUUUUUGGUGGAAUUAAUAAACCUAUUCGAUAUAAACAGUUUGCUUAUGUUACUUAAGGUCCCAAUGAAUAAUGUUCAAAAUUUCAGGUAUUUUUAAAUCAACGUUUGUCAGUCGAUCCCUAUUAAAGUAUUAAUUACUAAUAGAGGAGAAAUUAUUUAUUCAAAUUUUAGGUAUAAUUGUAUUAUUUUUAAUUCUUGUUGACACAUUUUAGAGUAGAUUAUUACUUAAUAUUAUGAUUGAUUAAUAAUUUAUAACGAAAUGCCAUUGAUAAAUUAAUAAAAUGUUUCCUUCUUUCUACUUAACAUUUUUAAAUAAAUAUUUUUAAUUGAAUUAUUGUCUAAUAUAGUAACUAUAUUUAAAAUAAAUAACUGUUAUUUUAUGCACAUUUACAAAUUUAAUUUAACUUUUUUUAGUUUACUUUCUUUUCUAAUUAGUUUAAAUUUUCCAGAACUAAAAGUGUAUCUAAUUUUAAAUAAACUAAAAUUUAGCUCUUUUUUUAAUUAAAACAAAUAUGUUUGCGCAGCAAUGUUCAGCAUUUUUAAUCUACACUUUUUUAAAGAUAGCCGUAUUAUUAUAAAAUCAAUAUCUAGUCAUUUUUUACAACAUUGUAUCUUAGGUUUGUUAUAAGUGGUGGACAGCAAAUCAGAAUUUGUUUCGAAAGUGACAAGAUUUUUUUUCUUAUUGAAAUUUUAAUAACAAAUUUUUGAACAAUUAGUUAUAAAAUUCAGUUUACUAAACUAAAAUUUUGUUAUAUUAUUAUAAUAACUUUAAAAAACUAUCUGUCACAAAACAAUAAUAUAAUAUUCAACCAUUUAUUGAGUAUUUAAACAAUUUAUUAUAAAUCUCAAGUUUUUUAAUACCAUUCUUUCAAUAAUUUAAAUAAAUACAUCUCUAAGAUUUUUUCACACAUAUAAAAUUCUAAAGCCUUACAUGUUGAUGA